UACAAAUUUAUGGGACAGUUGUAAACCCUCUUACAUGUAUUUAGUUCCCCAUUUGAUUUUGAUCCAACUGUGCAUAAUCUUGGAUAUGCUCUCUGAAGGUUGUGGAGUGUCGCAUGUGUGGGGACCCAAAUUCAGUCCUUAGGUUUGCUUUCAUAGAGUUCACUGAUGAGGAGGGUGCAAGGGCUGCUCUGAAUCUGUCAGGAACCGUGCUUGGAUAUUAUCCUAUCAAUGUUCUACCGUCAAAAACUGCAUUGCACCAGUCAACGAAACAUUCCUACCCAGGUCUGACGAUGAACGUGAAAUGUGUGCAAGGACUAUCUACUACACAAACAUUGACAAGAAGGUCACUCAAGCAGAUCUAAAGUUAUUCUUUGAGUCCAUAUGUGGUGAGGUUGGUCGUUCUUUACUCCAAACACAAUCUCCCUUCUGUACAGCUAAAAGUUUGCAGAA